AUGCCGCCCCCCACUCACCUGCGGCGGCGGCGCGAGCUCCGCUGCCCGCUGGAGCGCGAGUGUGGAGGCGGGGCGGGCGAGGGGAGCCCUGGAGCCGCCCCCGCGCAGAGGGCCGCCGCCGGGGGGGGGGGGGGGAAGGCGGGGCCGGGCGGGCCGCGCUCAGCCCGUGUCCGCUGCAGAGGCGGGAGCGGCACCGGGCGCGACGCCGCCGCCGCCGCCGCCCCCGUCCCCGCGCGCGCGAGAGGGAGCGACGGAGGGACAGAGGGCUCGGGGCGCGCGGCGGAGACGGGGAACGGGCACGGGGGGCGGCAGGGCCCGGGGCGCGCGGGCGGCACCCGCUUCCGGCAGAGGGCGGUGCGGGGCAAGCGGCCGGCAGCUGCUUCCGGUGCCGUGGCAGAUACUUCUACAAAUGCUUUAAUAGAACGAUUGCGUUUAAAAUACCAACAAAAACCAUGGACUGAAACUCUGAAACUCGUCCAUUUUUGCAUAGAUAAGCCACGGCCUGUCAAUAAUGCUCCAGAUGGUCCAUUGCCCUCCUGCAUGGAGAAGAUACAGAAGGCAUUAAAUGUUAAAUCUUUGUUUUCUGUGAUGAACAGAUUGGAAUCUUUAUCCAAACAAAAAGGGCUUAAUGCUCAUAUUAGCCCCAGUGGGACUGCCUGCUACAUAACAUCAAACAUGUUUUAUAUAGAAGUUCAGCUGGAGAAGGAUGGAAAGGUGAUGGAUGUACAGUUGGCUCACCUUGGAGAAAGUCCUGUGGUUUGUGAUGACUUGGUGCAGUAUCUAAGGAUGAAGAAUUAUGAUGCCUUUGGAAAGAUUCUAGAAGACCUGUCAAAUCUUUAUAAGACUCCAGGAAACAGUGAAAUGAAAGCUAAGGGAUACUUGGCUUUGCAGGCCCUUGAAAAAGAUCUCUAUUCAAUGUCUCUUCUAGACAGAACACAGGAUGUAAACAGAAUUACUGAAGUACUUCAUGGAAAAGUAGGACACCUGGUGCCAAGAAUCGGAGGAAUGCCUAUGAACAUUGAAUUUUACAUUUCUCCCUACCAAGUUUUGGAAGAAGAAUUAAAUCCUGGUGCCCAGGUAUGUGGAACAAAAGCAAUUGUAACUGUUGAAGGCACAGACACGCUCCACAAACUUCCUCUUUCUCCACUGCUUGUAGAUUCUCAAGCUGGAGAGGACAGUAACCCUGCUUUUUUGCCACUGACUGAUGGACUCAGUGUGGAUUUGCUAGCUUUUUUUGUGCUGAAGUUUUACCAGCCUAUUCCUAUGUCCUCAUCCAGUAUUGAAGAGAUACAGAGGCUCACAGGAAUUCAGGUUACUGCCUUGAAACUGGCACCUCUGUAUGAGCUGAUUAUUCACUGUGCCCUUAAAGAGAAAUGCGGUGAAGACUCGUCUACACCCAUGCCCUGUUUCUUUGUGUCUCUUCCAGAUUGCCCUAAGCACUGUUACUUCAUAAACAAGGGCUCAGAAAAAUCAGAUGUAACAGGAGCUUUGGUCAAUAAGAUCCCUUUUAGCCAUCCAAAGUGUGUGCCUGGUGUAAUAGAGAUUCUUCGACAUCAAGUGGCAUUUAACACUCUUAUUAGCAGCUGUGUCUCUGAGAAGCAUAUAAAUGAAGAUGAUUCAGAACUGCUUUACUUUGAAGUGGUACCACACAAGAACACCAGCUUUUCUGUCUUCUUCCCUCAUCCUGUGAAAGAAAAUUUGGCCUCUGAGAAGUCCAAUGUCACCUUCAUUUAAAUCCUCAAGAUCCAAGUCUAA